GGAAGUAUAUACUCUUUCAGGAAAAGUUUUAUUGUGCAUGAAAUUCAAGUAUUAGGUGGUAGACAAAAUUUGUAUGACAUACUUUCAUAAUUUGACAACUGGAGUUUUGGGUCUCACUUUGAUCAAAAUGGAUAGAAGUUUCAGCAACCACUUUUUUUUUCUUUUUCUUUCUGUUCUCAUAUUUUUUUCGUUCCAUUGCUAUUUUAUUUUUAAGCUCAAUAGAUGCUUUAUUUAUUUACUCUAAACCAAUUUUUUUACUACUAUUUUCAUUCACGGAAAGUCUUCUAUAGUUAUAAUUUUUCAAGCAGCCUAUCAGGUUUCUUUUGUGCCUUACUAUUUUCUACACUGAAAGAGGGGAUGACUUGUAUUAAGACUAACUAAUGCAAUCUAUAACAUACUAGUAAUAUUUUAAUAGCCCAAAUCACAAAUUUUAUUCCUCCAUCUCCCCAUGCCCGAACUAUUUAUUUGCUUGUCUGACUUGUGCAAGUAACUUAUUCUUUUUCUCUCUCCAAAAAAGGAGCCAAAUAUUCAGAAAGAAAUCAUGUCUUCUCCGAGCAAACGGCGAGAUAUGGACUUGAUGAAGCUGAUGAUGAGUGAUUACAAGGUGGAAAUGGUCAAUGAUGGGAUGCAAGAGUUUCAUGUUCAUUUCCAUGGACCUGCGGAAAUUAGCCUUGUUGUUGCAGGUCCUUAUCAUGGUGGAGUUUGGAAAAUGAAGGUGGAACUUCCAGAUGCUUACCCGUAUAAACCUCCAUCAAUUAGCUUUGUUAAUAAAAUGUACCAUCCAAAUGUUGAUGAGAUGUCAGGAUCAGUUUGUUUAGAUGUUAUCAAUCAGACUUGGAGUCCCAUGUUUGAUUUGACAAAUGUGUUUGAAGUGUUUCUUCCACAACUCCUCUUGUAUCCUAACCCAUCGGACCCAUUGAAUGGGGAGGCAGCUGCCUUGAUGAUGCGAGACCGAACUGCAUAUGAACAGAGAGUUAAAGAAUAUUGUCAAAAAUAUGCCAAGCCAGAAGAUGUUGGAGCUUCCCCUGAGGAGCAGUCAAGUGAUGAGGAGUUAAGUGACGCUGAAUAUGACUCAGAUGAUGAGGCAAUGGCAGGUCCUGUUGAUCCAUAGUACUCCCCUCAUUUCUACUAUGUGUAUCUGUAAAUCAUGUUAUUUGUCCUGUUUAUUAUCAAGUUGAACUCCCUAUAGUGAAAAAUAACUAUUGAUUCUGAGGGGGAUCCUAAAAGAAGUUACCCUCUUCUGUUAAUUUAAUGCCAACGUAAAUAAUAUUUAUGUUCGGCUUCCUUGAUGUUC